AUGGGUUAUAUUCAAGAAGAAUGUGUCAUCCCCUGCCCAUUUGAUUGCAAGUUAAGCGAUUGGUCUAUUUGGGGGUCUUGCAGUUCAUCUUGUGGGAUUGGAGUGAGAAUUCGAUCCAAAUGGCUAAAAGAAAAACCUUACAAUGGAGGUCGCCCAUGUCCCAAAUUGGAUCUCAAGAAUCAGGUGCAUGAGGCAGUCCCAUGUUACAGUGAGUGCAAUCAGUAUUCCUGGGUUGUAGAACACUGGUCUCCAUGCAAAAUCCACAAUGAGCUGAAGUCCCUGCCCUGUGGAGAAGGAACGCAAUCUAGGAAAAUCAGAUGUAUGAAUGCUGCUGAUAGUGAAAGUGGAAUAGUGGAUAACAGCCUCUGCAACCAGGAUGAAAUUCCUCCAGAAACCCAAUCCUGCUCUCUUCUGUGUCCCAAUGAAUGUGUCAUGUCCGAGUGGGGACCUUGGAGCAGAUGCCCACAGUCAUGUGAUCCCCACACAAUGCAGAGAAGAAGCCGCCAUCUGCUGAGGCCCUCGCUGAGCUCAAGGAUGUGUGCUGAAGACUCACAGGUGCGGCCUUGCCUCCUCAAUGAAAAUUGCUUCCAGUUCCAGUACAAUCUAACAGAGUGGAGCACGUGCCAGUUGAGUGAAAAUGCAACCUGUGGGCAAGGUAUCAGGACCCGCCUUCUGAGCUGUGUGCGCAGUGACGGCAAGUCAGUUGGCAUGGACGAAUGCGAGCAGCGUAACUUGGAGAAGCCCCAGAGAAUGAGUAUUCACUGCCUGGUGGAAUGUGUGGUCAACUGUCAGCUCUCCGGGUGGACAGCUUGGACAGAGUGUUCACAGACGUGUGGCCAUGGAGGUCAAAUGACCCGGACUCGAUUUGUCAUUAUGCCAACCCAAGGAGAAGGACGGCCAUGCCCUACAGAGCUUACCCAGCAGAAAACCUGCCCGGUGACCCCCUGCUACAGCUGGGUCCUCAGCAACUGGUCUGCAUGUAAAUUGGAGGGUGGAGACUGUGGGGAAGGAGUCCAGGUCCGCAGCCUCUCCUGCGUGGUCCACAAUGGUUCAAUGUCUCACUGGGCUGUACGUGUAGACGAUGCACUGUGUGGAAAAAUGCCCUUUCAGGACAGCAUCCUGAAGCAGCCGUGUGUUGUGCCUUGCGCAGGAGACUGCCAUUUAACAGAAUGGUCAGAGUGGAGCACGUGUGAACUAACCUGCAUCGAUGGAAGAAGCUUUGAGACAUUGGGCCGCCAAUCUAGGUCAAGGACAUUUAUAAUUCAGUCUUUUGAGAACCAAGACAGCUGCCCCCAGCAGGUUCUAGAAACACGCCCUUGUUCAGGAGGCAAAUGUUAUCACUACACAUGGAAAGCAAGUCUUUGGAACAAUAAUGAACGCACUGUAUGGUGCCAACGUUCAGAUGGCAUUAAUGUUACAGGAGGCUGCUCCCCCCAGGCACGUCCUGCUGCUAUUCGGCAGUGUAAUCCCGCCUGCAGAAAACCUUUCUCCUACUGUACCCAGGGCGGAGUCUGUGGUUGUGAGAAAGGCUAUACAGAGAUAAUGAGAUCAAAUGGUUUCCUGGAUUACUGCAUGAAAGUACCUGGCUCAGAGGAUAAGAAAGCUGAUGUGAAAAACCUUGCUGGGAAAAACAGACCUGUGAAUUCAAAAAUACAUGAUAUUUUUAAAGGAUGGUCUCUUCAACCCCUUGAUCCAGAUGGCCGAGUAAAAAUUUGGGUUUAUGGAGUUUCAGGUGGUGGUUUCCUUAUCAUGAUUUUCCUAGUAUUUACUUCCUACCUUGUUUGCAAGAAGCCAAAACCACAUCAAAGCACACCUCCCCAGCAGAAGCCUCUGACCUUAGCCUACGAUGGAGACUUAGACAUGUAACCUGAAAAAGAAAUCCAAAUGUAGACAUCAACUGCCUUAACCGCUUUCUCUUUUGUAGCUCUCAGACUUCUCAGUUUUUUGAGGAAUCUCAUGAUGUGAUAUAUUGGGCAGAAUACAAAUAUUGCAAAAGUAAUAUUGCCUCAACUUCAUUUUGACAUGGAGUCAAGGAUUAUUUAGUCUGCCAUUUUGCUUUCAAGUUGUUUGUGGGUGUGAGUGUUUAAUUUUUUGAUUUUCCCAAGGGACCUGAAAACCCUUCUCUUCCUGUUUGGAAAUGGGAGGAAGAAAACAUGAUGGAAUUCCCACAGACUUGAGUAAACUUUAUCUUCAGCAGCAUGAUGACAAUCCGGAGGAAAGUCCAAUCAAGGCAUUUACUGUAAAUGACGAGUCUGACACUGCAUUGUUACGCACUAUAUUAGUGCAGGUAUUUAUUCUUCCCAUACUUCAACACUGAGUUUCUAGAGUUUACAUUGGUUCAAAGACUUUCAAAUUGGAUUGCCUAUUUUCAUGAACACAGAGAGAAUGGGUUACCAUUUCAGAAAUUCUCUGAGUUUUUACCUUUAAAUACUGUAUUUUGUUUGGUAGCCAGGGGAUGAUGGCACUUGAUGGGUUGCAUCUGUUGAAAAAAAUGGAGUGUGUGUCAUUGCUGGGCUAGAUGAAAGCUGGGGGGCUUCUGAAUGAAAUGUGUGCUGAAUGUUAGGGUGCACAAAUGACAUGAGUCGUUGUAUUGGAGACUGGGGUAGAUGAUUUGGUUACUAAAACUGUAUUUUAACAAAAACUUAGCCACGUAGAUAUAGCGUUAACCACACACGGUUGUAAUUCAGUUUAAUGAUGACAAACUCUGCUUUUGUAAUUUCAAUUUUCUUAUCUGAAUAUUUAUAAAUUAAUUCUUUUCUUGAAUUUAAUGAUCUGACCUCAUUUAAUAAACAUCAAAUGCCGAUCCUGUUUGUAGCAAAUCUUGCUUUUAUGAGGUUUCAAUAGUAUCUGAAACAGCACGUUAAAAAGCUGAAACCAUUUUAUGAAGAUAAUUGUUUGUAAUUGUAGAUGUUGCAAGUAAGAAGGUGCCAUCUUGUGGUAUUGACUUGUUGUUAUAACAAAUAAAGUG